AGAUAACCACCAGGGAGUAUCCGCGCACCGUCCAAAUGCCAAUUUCUGUCCUACCAUUCAGCGCACUGCCGCCUCCACGGCGCGAUGCACACGAUGAAUCUGACUCCGACAUUGAAAUGGGCGACGACGAUCUCGCCAUCUCGUCUUCCAAAGCCAUCGUCACGCCUGGUGAACAUAUAACCUCCGAUCCGCAGUGGAUGCGUGGUCACGGCACAUAUAUUCCCUCACAGCCAGCCGGUUCAACAACGAUAAUAUCCACUGUUGCAGGCACCUUGCACAAAACAAACAAGCUGCUAUCUGUGCAACCACUACGCGCCCGCUACCAGCCCGAGAUUGGCGACCUGGUCGUGGGCCGAAUUAUGACGGUAGGAACCAAGAAAUGGAACGUAGACAUCGCCGCGCCCAUGCUAGCCAACCUCCCACUCUCCAGUAUCAACCUACCCGGUGGCGUGCUCCGCCGACGAACAACCGUCGACGAGCUCAACAUCCGGACAUUCUUCCAAGAAGGCGAUCUACUCGUCGCAGAAGUCCAAAGCUUACACCAAGACGGCACAGCCUCACUCCACACGCGGUCCCUCAAAUACGGCAAACUGCGCAACGGCGUCUUCACCAGCAUCACGGGCGCCGGCGGCGGUAUCCUCAGCCGAAAAGGCGGCGUAGUGCGCAGCCGCCGCCAGGUCUUCACCCUGAACACGGCAGCCGGCGAAAUCAACAUCAUCCUCGGCGUCAACGGCUACGUCUUCGUCUGCAAGCACAUGACCACCAGCGCCGACGCAAAGGAAGUCGGCAUCAACAGCCUCGACGAGUCCGCAAUCGAGACACUGUACUCGAGCCAAAACGACGACAUCGAACCUGGUCUUGUCCGCGAAAUCAUCAUGGUGAGCACCCUGAUUCGCGGCAUGGUCGCGUGCGGCACAAAGGUCGACGAGGACAUGAUUGUCAAAGUCUACGAGGCUGCCGUCGAGUUGGAGGCUGAGGAGAAGGCGUUGGGCACGGUGGAGAGGGGGCCUGGUGGCACGGCGCUGGUCGAGGCUGUAUUGGCGAGGUUGGAGCUUGGGGCUGGAGAGUAAGUUUUUUUUUUUAAAAAAAAAACCCCCCCGAUUCUUAGGAGAGCGAUGCGCGGAAGCAAGUCGAUCUGAUGCGAUGGAGAGGAUAGUGCAUAGCGGAUGGGUGUAAAUUCGUGUGUCCGACUCACGAGUCGAGCUGCCGGGGGGGAGACGACGUAUUGCUUUUCACCCUUCUUCUUCUUCUUUCUUCUUCUACUUCUCGGCAACACAGUCAGCAAAACGAGGCACAGAAGAGGUGACCCCAGAGCCCCGGGAGGCUACAAUAGAAUUUUCUCAGAGAAUCUUAGCAAUCACAUGAUCCAUUUCUACUA